CCAAACACUGCAUCACAAGUAUUCAAAAUGCUUUCCCGUACACAGGUUUGUCUGCUUCUCUUUGCCACUCUACCCUCUAUUUUAGCAGGGCUGUCAGUUGACCAAAAGGUCUGCGUCUGCCGGCUUUCUGAGCAAAUCAACAAGGCCAAGCCCAACUCGAAUAGCGAAACCAAGCUGUUCAAGAGCCUCGCUAUUAUCCUAAAUGACCGCACAGCACUGGAGGCAUUCCUGACGGAUCCCAAUUCCAAUAGCUACCGCGCCGGGCUCGUUAGUUUGGCGCAGACCAUAAAGCAGUAUGCGUGGAGGGACCACUACGACCAGCAGCUCAUGUCAGACUUCCAGACCGUUGCGAAUCGGCUCAAGGAGUUGCUGGCCUGGUGAUGGUCCCAUUGUUGUGCACGUUUCUCUGAAAUUUACAUUAGUUAGAAGUGAGUACGGCCAAUAUCUUUUAGUAGGCUGCAUCCGUUCUUUUUUUCCAAUUACAGUUUCAAAGCAUGUCAGAAGCCAUUGUGCCAGACUCGUCGAUGCUGUCGGACAGUGCCACACAAAAGACAGAGCCCCUGAAUGGCAUGCAGGAAGACAAGCUGGCAAAGGAGCGGUUCGAAGUAGAGCUCGAAUUCGUGCAGUGCCUGGCGAACCCUUGGUACAUCAACUUUCUGGCCCAGCAGGGGUACUUUGACCAGCCUGCGUUUGUAAACUACUUGAAGUACCUCAGAUACUGGCAGAAGCCUGAGUAUGCGCGAUUCGUUGUGUACCCGAACGCACUGGCGUUUCUUGAUCUCCUGCAGUACCAGUCGUUCCGCGACGAGAUGAAGAAGGUCGAGAAGGCGACAUGGGUGCACGAGCAGCAGUACUUCCACUGGCGGUGGCCCAACCUCCAGCCGCAGGAGGAAUAGUAGUCAAGCGUUCAAAUAUAUUUAGUGCUUCUUUGUCAGGGAAUCUAAUGAGAG